UGUGACUAUAUAGGGCUUCGUUGCUGCUCAGGGACCUGGUCAUUGAAUAUUCAUUGAAAAGCAACGGGAGUUCUCGGUUUACGACAGAGUGCGUCUGUGCGCGUGGUGGGAACGGUAGCAAGAUGGCGGCGCUGAAGGAGGAGCAGUGCUACGGACUGUCCUGUGGAAGAGUGAGCAACGGUAGCAAUGUAUCCGUCUUUCACGUUAAACUCACUGACAGCGCACUGCGAGCUUUUGAAGGCUACCAGGGCAGCAAGGUCCUGUCAUCACGGCCAUUGAUCAGAUUUAAUGGAAACCAAGGGAAAAUUUCAAUACCACGGUCAGAAAAUUCCAGUGAACUGCAAACGUUUACAUUCUAUCUGUCAAAUGUGGGCAGAGAUAACCCCCAGGGCAGCUUCGACUGCAUCCAGCAGUACAUCACCAGUGAAGGGAGCAUUCAGCUGGAUUGUUUGGGUGGGAUCCAGGACAAGAUUACAGUAUGUGCCACAGAUGACUCCUACCAGAAGGCCAGGGAAAAUAUGGCCCAGGUCGAGGAGGAGACUCGCAGUAGGAGUGCUAUCGUCAUCAAGCCUGGGGGAAGAUACGUAGGUAAGAAGGUUCAGAUCCGGAAACCGGCACCUGGCCUCUCAGACGUCGCCCCGUUGCGGAGGACCUCCCGGCCGGUCAUCAUCUCUAGCAGUACGCUAAAGAAGGGCACCGCUCAGCACAGGCCGCUCCGGGAGCGCCUCACACACCUGCUGGCCCUCAAGCCUUACAAGAAGCCUGAGCUAAUCCUGAGGUUGCAGAAAGAUGGCCUCUUGCCAUUAGACAAGGACUCCCUGGAUAGCCACCUGCAACAGGUGGCGAACCUGAAUGGGAAAGACAACACCUUCACAUUGAAGGACUUUUUGUAUAAGGAGAUUCAGAAGGACUGGCCAGGCUACACAGAAGGAGACCAGCAGCUUCUUAAGAGAAUCCUGUUUAAAAAACAGAGCCAGGCCCAGAACAGCUCUGCCCCUCCGCUGGAGAGCCCGCCCAAAGAGCUGGCCAGCAGCUCGCCAUCUCAGAAACGGCCCCCUGCGGACUUCAUCGACCCUCUUGCCAACAAAAAGCCCAGGAUAUCGCAUCUCGCCAGCAAAGCCGCAACAGCCCCAGUUAAUGGCAAGCUCAGCUCCUCCAACGGGAGAGGGGAGGCAGGUGGAGCGCAGGCAGGUGAAGCGCAGGCAGGCGUGGCGGUUUCUGUGUCAGACGGCGGCUUGACGUCCAGCUCCCAGCAGCUCCCCGUGCUGGACAUCCCUCGUCCUUUCGAAGCACUGUCGGAUGUCAGCAAUGACUCCAGCCACAACGGGAGAGAUUGUGACUCUCAGGAAACCGCAGUGUCCGAGAGGCUCGGCCAGCCUCCUUCGUUGUUCUUGGGCUCGACGAUGCUCACCGCGCCCAGCAUCGGCAAGUCCUCUCCUGGGCACACAGGCGCCGACGGCCCUCGGGACAAGAGUCCUUCAUCCUUCAACAACAAGUCCAGGAAGAAGUCAAAAAAGCAUAAAGACAAGGAGAAGAGCAAAGACAAGGAGAGGGUGAGAGAGAGGGCGCAAGCGAAGGAGAGGAAGAGUCGUGGGGAGCGUGUGCCUGAGCCUAACCGAGCCUGUGGGAUGAGCCCAGGAAACCUCACAAGCAACAGUAUUCCACACAAAAGCACAGAUCUAAAUGGAAUGUGCAACAGUACCAGUAUUCCUACGUCAUCACCUGAGGUGGCAGACUAUUUAGUGAAGUACACGGUGAUCGGCUCUCCGGAGCAACGUCAGAGGUAUAAAAACGAUUUCAACGCAGAGUACAGCGAGUACCGGGGUCUGCAUGCUCGGAUAGAGGGCAUCACCCGGCAGUUCACUGUGCUGGACAAUGAGCUCAAACAGCUCCAUCAAGGCACAGACAAGUACAAGACAAUCCACAAUCAGAUACUUCAAGAGUAUCAUAAAAUAAAAAAGACUAAUCCAAACUAUAGCCAAGAGAAGAACCGCUGUGAAUAUCUACACAACAAACUGGCACAUAUAAAGAGACUUAUUGCCGAGUACGAUCAACAGCAACUUUAAAAGUAGUUAGCAGACAUUGUUUCCCUGUUGUCUCUGGAAACCAAGCAGAUAAAGGAAAACUCUGGAUUCCGCCUGUGCUAAAAAAAAAUAUAUA